CUGACCCCGGUGUGCUGGGUUAGCGUGCCCGAGAGCGGCGUUCCGCGACUGAACGCCGAAGUCCGUCCUUCCUUCCUGUGAUCCCAGCCCAUCGCAUAGGUUCCGCCCGACGGGGGAGAUUGUGAGGGUGCCUCCUUGCAUAUACACAAUAAAAAUGGCAGAAAUGUCUCCUGACCCUUCUGAGAAACUGGUCAUCAUCCACUCCAAAACUCACAAACAUACCGUUCUAGCUAACUUUGAAGAACAAAGGAAGAAAGAUUUUCUUUGUGACAUUACUCUAAUAGUGGAAAAUGUGCAAUUCAGAGCCCAUAAAGCUUUGCUCGCUGCCAGCAGUGAAUACUUUUCAAUGAUGUUUGUAGAGGAGGGCGACAUAGGGCAGUCGAUUUACAUGCUGGAAGGAAUGGUUGCUGAUGCCUUUGGAGCACUGCUGGAAUUUAUUUACACGGGUUAUAUCCAUGCUACUGAGAAAAGCUCGGAACAGAUUAUAGCGACUGCACAGCUCCUGAAGGUGAAUGACUUGCUGAAGGCCUACAAUGAGUACCAGGCCAGCCGCAGCCCUGGAGGCACACUGCCAAUCCCUUCCAACAGCAGCACCUCUGUAGCGCUUACUGCAGGUGACAAAAAAAGUGAAGGGCUGCCCAAGCGAAAACGGGGGCGACCUAGGAAGAUCAAUAUUGUCCAAGAGGAAAAACCAGGAGCAAAUUUUGCUGAAGAUGUGCAGCUGAAGGAGAAUAACUCGAUGCAAAAUAAACAAAAUUUUAUGAAAAAAGACAUGGCAGCAGAAGGAAUAGUUGUCAGUGAACAAGAUCCAGCAAGGAAAGAUGCAGAAGAAACAGAACCUGCUGGUGGAUCAGAACCUGCUGCCAAUCUGUCAGCUGAGAAAGAUGAGAAUUGUGAUCCCAGGUCGGAAGGGAUUCAGAGUGCUCAGAGCCGUUACAGCAAACGUAGGCUAAGGAGGUCAAUCAAACUAAAAGAUUAUAAACUUCUUGGUGAAGAGGAUGAAAAAGGACUGGCAAAGAGAACUGAUGGAAAAAGAAAACGUACGGGUUCUGAGGCACGUUGUAAAGACUGUGGCAAAGUAUUUAAAUAUAAUCACUUUUUAGCUAUUCAUCAGAGAAGUCACACAGGAGAGCGCCCUUACAAGUGCAGUGAAUGUGGCAAAGGCUUUUCCCAGAAGCACUCUCUUCAGGUCCAUGAGCGGAUGCACACGGGAGAGCGGCCAUACACGUGCACUGUCUGCAAUAAGGCUCUGACAACAAAGCACUCUCUUCUGGAACACAUGAGCCUACAUACAGGGCAAAAGUCUUUUACAUGUGAUCAGUGUGGGAAAUACUUCAGCCAAAAGAGACAGCUCAAGAGCCAUUAUCGAGUACAUACAGGCCGUUCAUUGCCGGAAUGCAACCAGUGUCAUCGCAAAUUCAUGGAUGCAGCUCAGUUAAAGAAACAUCUAAGAACACAUACAGGUGAGAAGCCUUUCACUUGUGAAAUCUGUGGCAAGUCAUUCACAGCUAAAAGUUCUCUUCAGACUCACAUUAGAAUUCACAGGGGAGAAAAGCCAUAUUCUUGUGGGAUAUGUGGAAAAUCUUUCUCUGAUUCCAGCGCUAAGAGAAGACACUGCAUCUUACACACAGGCAAAAAGCCUUUUUCUUGCCCAGAAUGUAGUUUGCAGUUUGCUCGUCUGGACAACCUGAAGUCUCACUUGAAAAUUCAUAGCAAGGAGAAGCAGUUUCAAGAAGCCAGCACUGCUCCAAGCACCAACACUAAUUCAGAGGAAGUGAGAAAUAUUCUUCAGCUGCAGCAAUAUCAACUUGCCACCUCUGGAGGGCAGGAAAUUCAAUUGCUGGUUGCAGAUGCAGUGCAUAAUAUAAACUUCAUGCCUAGUCAUAAUCAAGGCAUUAGUAUUGUUGCUGCAGAAAGUGCCCCAAAUAUGGCAACAGGGCAUGCUACUAACCUCACGUUGCUUGCUCAGCCACCACAGCAGUUGCAAAACUUGUUGCUUUCAGCUCAGCAGGAGCAAGUGGAGCAAAUCCAAAACAUCAGUGUGAUGGCAAACCAAAUAGAGACUGCUCAGCCUGAACAAAUGCACGUCAUCACCCUUUCCAAGGAAGCACUAGAACAUCUCCAUGCUCAUCAAGGGCAAAAUGGAGAAAUCCAUUUAGCAGGAUCUUCCCAUCCAGAUUAGCACAUGCAGCUGGCCCAGGAAUCAAGUCAAUCGUCUCACUCUAGCCAAGAUACAGUUCCUUCUCACUGAAUUAGUGAAGACUAGAAUUAAAAUGUAUAUAUUUCUGAAUCCUGCCAGGAGUCUGUGUCAGUAAAUAAGUCAGCUCAUGAGCAUCUGUGUGGGAACUGUUGAGUCAUGGCCUGAACCACUGAUUAAUCACCUGAGGCAAGGACUGGAUCAGCCGUUGGAGCACAGGUGAAGGCAAUUCAGCAGUGUGACCAGAAGGAGUGGAGUCUGGUUUCACCCCUCCUAGACCCCAUUUAAGGACUGACUAACACUUUUCAGCAGCAUCAUCUUAUCUGAACAUGUCUUGGUGAUUUUUGGUGGUGACUUUCCAUUUUCUUGACCUUAUUUAUUUUAGACUUUUUUUAUUGUUAUCAGUUGGUAUUUCUCCACCAUUUAGUCCAUACCUCACUAGCAAUUAAAGCUUUUUUUUUUCCUGUGCCUCACACAAAUCCAUGGCUCCUGGGCAGUUACUUGACCCCUUAUUUGCAUUUCCAUGUGAUGUUCUAGGGAAUUGUACUUUGCUGGCUGAAGAACAGUGUUAAGAUGUCUGCUGAUCAGAAACUACAAUUUCUCUGAUGGAGUCAACAGUACCUGAAUUACUGUCAAGCUUAAGAUAAUGAGUAUGAUUUGCAAAGAUAACGCCUUAUAUCUUACAUCUAAUGAACUUUCUCUUUGUGAGUUAAUGUAUAACUUUCUCUGUGACCAUCCCCAAGUUGAUGGAGGGAAGAUUUAGGUUGGAUGUUAGGGGGAAGUUCUUUACUAGGAGAGUGGUUAGGCCCUGGAACGGGCUGCCCA